AGGUAUCAGGGAACAGUUAUUCAGCUGAAUAUCCUGAUGGAGUGAGAAUUUCCUAUACUUCCUGAUUGUGGGCUUUCCAUCAAGCAUGUCGGAUACUGGGAACUGGUGCCUGAUUGAGAGUGACCCAGGAGUAUUCACAGAACUCAUUCAUGAAUUUGGUUGUCGUGGAGUGCAGGUGGAAGAAUUAUGGAGUUUGGACAAAGAAAGCUUUGAACAGUUGAAGCCUGUCCAUGGCUUGAUUUUCCUCUUCAAAUGGCAGCCAAUGGAGGAGCAACCUUUUUCCAUUGUCCAAGACAGCCGGCUUGAUAAGAUCUUCUUUGCCAAGCAAGUGAUCAUGAAUGCCUGUGCCACUCAAGCCAUCAUCAGUAUUUUGCUCAAUCGCAAGCAUGAAGACUUGGAGCUUGGAACUACAUUGAGUGAAUUCAAAGAUUUCUGCUCUGCUUUUGAUCCUUCUAUGAAGGGGCUUGCUCUCUCCAAUUGCGAAGUCAUUCGACAGGUUCACAACUCCUUUGCAAGGCAAUCCCUGUUCGAGUUCGAUCAGAAACCCGAGAACAAGGACGAGGAAGAUGCCUAUCAUUUUGUGGCCUACCUACCGAUCGAUGGGCGGUUGUACGAAUUGGACGGUCUCAAGGAAGGGCCCGUCGACUUGGGUCCGAUCCCGCCAGACACCGACUGGGUCGACGCCAUGAGGCCGAUCCUGGAGACAAAGAUUUCGCAGUACAAAUCAGAUGAAAUUCAUUUCAACCUGAUGGCGAUAGUAUCCGACCGCAAGGCAAAGUACGAGAGGGAGUUGGAGAAGAAGCAGAGGAUUGCCGCGGAAGGGGGAAUGAUCUCGUCCGAGGAGGAAGAGGAGAUCCGGCACCUGCGAGAGCUGCUGGAGGAGGAGGAGGUGAAGCGGAGGCGCUUCAAGGUGGAGAGCAUCCGCCGGAAGCACAACUACAUCCCUCUGAUCGUGGAGCUGCUGAAGAUCCUCGGGGACGAGGGGCUGCUCCUGCCGGUGUACGAGAAGGCGGUGGAGAAGAGCCUGGAGAGGCAGAGGAGGAGGGCGAAGGCGAAGGCCAAGUCGUGAUCCGGGACCCCG